AUGGCUUCCAUAGACCCAUCCUUGAUUUCAGACCCUGAAGAGCAAAAAUGGGUUGUAGAAAUCAGGAAAAUCUUGAACCAUCAGCUCCAAAUAGACGUUGAAACCCCAUCUGUUUCGCUGUUUCGUGUACCUGAAACCAUAACCACAAAAAAGCCCGAAGCCUAUGAACCACAGCAGAUAGGGCUGGGUCCGAUUCAUCACUUUCAGCCGCGCCCAUACGAGAAGAUGGAGCAGAAAAAACUUGGUGUCAUACGAAAGGUCCUAUGGCAUAACCAAGUUAAGGAUUUCGAACUCACUGUCCUUAACAAAGUUAAAAAAAUUGUCCCCAUCGUCCGAUCAUGCUAUGACAUGUUCCUAAAAGGCGACGAUGAGCACUUGGCUUGGAUUUUCGCCAUUGAUGGUCUCUUCUUGCUUAAUAUGUUCCACACCUAUAACAUGAACAUAGAUAGAGAAAUGGAAAAGUAUCUAUGUCGCUUAAAGAACACGAUCAAAGAAAAGAUUGAAAGUAAAAGCAUAAAGAUUGAAGAAAGCGUGGACAUUCCUCGACUUCUACUUCGUUAUGAAGGAAUCUUUGUCACUGAAGAUAACUAUACUGAGUGGGAACAGGCAUUCAGUCUUCCUCAUUAUGAGCCCCAACUACCCAAAGUUGGUCCCGAAUUAAGAUCCAUGGCGCAAGAUGUAAUGAUGGUAGAGAACCAAGUGCCAUUUAUCGUCUUGAAAGAGAUCUACGAUGCUUUGCAUUCAUCGUCAUCAUCAGGUACUUGUUCCUCUCAUGACUCAGCCAAUAACUUGUUCUUUUCACCUUCCAAGUUUCAUAUCUUUUGUAAGAUCCAUUCGCCCCUUAAGCUGUGUUUGAAGCGAAUAGCCCCGUAUAAGGUGGAUCAUCUACUCCAGUAUAUGUAUAACUCUAUAGUAGAAAACGUCCCUGUACGAAAACCAACUGAGUUUGUUCCAGAAUGCAGUAUAUCACCGAUUUUUCAGGCUGUUAAUUUUGUUAAACAAAUUCCAUAUAAUGAGAUUGUUCAAGCAUAUGAACAAGCUAUCUCAAUUCUAGAAUCUUUCUGCCAAAGUGAACCUGUUAUCCCUUCAGCUUCCGAACUACACGAUAAAGCUGGAUUCAGGUUUUAUAGCCUGGAAGAAGACCAAGGCGUUAAAAAGAUACGCAUUUCUGGGAAGGAUGUUUACCUGCCAACGGUUACUUUGAACACAGACUCAGAUGUCAUAUUAAGAAAUUUGGUUGCAUACGAAACAUUAACAGCCAAGUCCUAUAGCUUGCUGCCCCUUACAGAAUUCAUGUUUUUGAUGUGUGCACUUGUUGUCAAUGAGAAUGAUGUCAAGAGACUCGAGAACGUUAUCAAAGGUGAUUUGGAUGCGGGUGAAGUUUCCAAACUCUUUACUGAGAUGCGCGGUUCUUUACCGCCCAUUAAAAUGGAAAAGGAAUCAAAAGUACAGGUAGUGAUCGAUGAAAUUAACAAGGUUUAUAAUAGUAGGCUGCAGAUGAAGCCGUAUUUGUUCUUCAAGAAGCUUGCACAUUGGUUGCUGUCGGCUUUGAGGGUUAUUGGCGGUUUUGUUGGAUCUUCAUGGAAGAUUGUGGCUUUCAUUGUUAGUAUCGUGAUGGUAGUCUUCUUAACGUUGCAAGCUUAUUGUGAUGUUUAUGGCUGCAACAAAUAA